AUGGCCCAAGAGGAGAAACUCAAGAAGAGCCAUAUGGCGAUCGUUCUGGGGAUCGGGCUUGGAGUCGUGCUACUGAUUGUGUUAAGUCUUAUUGAGCGUUUGCGCAAGUUGGAUAAGGUCUCGCCAACCUGCACACUCGAGAAGUGGUGGACUACCACGAAGGGAAACCUCGGUUUGUCCGAGGCUGUUGACGGGCAAUUUGUGUGGUAUGUUCAUGCUCGUUUGAUCACAAGAGCAGCUGUUAAUUUGUGUGCAGCGCAGUUUGUUUGGAGCAAGUAG